AUGUCUGUAAGGGGAAAGAAAGUAUCCUUUAAAGAAAAGCCCUUUUACGGAGAAUGCCGUGACGUCGAAGACUUUCAAAAAUUAAACCGCGUUGGUGAGGGCACAUACGGAGUUGUCUAUAGAGUAAUCGACACAAAAUCUGGGCAGGUCGUAGCCCUGAAAAAGAUUAGGAUGGAACGAGAGACGGAUGGAAUGCCAAUUUCUAGUUUACGUGAGAUCAGCAUCCUAAAGCGCAUGCAACACCCAAACAUUGUUAAUGUGACUGAUGUGGCAGUCGGACCAAAGCUAGAAUCGAUCUUCCUAGUGAUGGAGUACUGCGAACAAGAUCUCGGAACAUUAUUAGAUAUGGUGCCUACACCUUACUCUGCCUCUGAAGUCAAAUGUUUGAUGCAUCAAUUGCUGAAAGGAUUAGAAUAUUGUCAUGACCAUUCAAUUAUUCAUAGAGAUUUAAAGAUGUCCAACUUAUUACUGACAUCUACUGGCUUAUUGAAGAUCGCCGACUUUGGCAUGGCACGCACUCUAAGUUUGCCUUCAAAGCCAAUGACACCAAAUGUAGUUACACUCUGGUAUCGCUCUCCAGAAUUACUCUUUGGGGAGACAAAUUAUACCACUGCUGUGGAUCUGUGGUCAGCCGGAUGUAUAAUGGGAGAAUUACUACAGCAUAAACCCAUAUUACCUGGCAAUACUGAGCAGGCUGAACUGGAUAUGAUUGUAAAGCUACUAGGAACUCCCAACGAGUCCAUCUGGCCUGGAUUUUCCAAACUGCCGCUUGCUAAAUCCCUGGUCUUGCCUAAACAAGACUACAACAAUAUCAAGAUUGUGUUUCCUCGGCACAGUGAUCACACAAUUCAUUUAAUAGCCGGUCUACUUACCUACAAUCCUCGCUCUCGAUUAACUGUCAGGCAAGCAUUGAAUCAUCCGUAUUUCUUUGAAUCUCCAAGAGCUCAGGAUCCUUUGCUUCUACCCACAUAUCCUGAAAUCCGUAACCACUUGUCAGAUAAAGAACAGUAA